AUGGCAAAGGGCCAGAGCGACGGAAGCGUUAACUGGGAACAUCUGGAGCUCCGAACACGGGAUUCCUCACAGGUCGCGAGGCGGCAGGCCCGGCCGGGGGCGCGGGAGCCCCGCGUUACUCGGGUGCGGUGGCGAGAGGGAUUUCGGAAAGAACAUACUGGCCGCCUUGUUAUCGGAGACCACAGAUCAACCUCUCACUUCAGGACAGGGGAAGAAGACAAGAAAAUGAAUGAAGAAUUGGAGUCUCAGUACCAGCAAAGCAUGGACAGCACGAUGUCCGGACGAAACCGGCGCCACUGUGGACUUGGUUUCAGUGAGUUUCAGGAAAGUGAUGAACAAGAAGAGGCAGCUGGACACUCCUCUGAAGAGAGUUCAGAGGACUCAGAAAGUGGCUCUGAGUCAGAGCAAGAGGAGUCUGCAGAGGAGCUACAAGCUGCUGAAAAACAUGAUGAAGCUGAGGUUCCAGAAAACAAAAAAGAAGCAAAAAGCAACUAUAAAAUGAUGUUUGUUAAAGCCAGUGGUUCAUAACUGCAGAUGUAACAGCUUCGUAUUUAAAGUACAGUAAGCCUUAUUGUUACAGUGCAAAGUGGAGGACUGCUACAGCACAAAUCUUUGUAUUAUGAUUUUAAAAAGACCCUGUUAGAUGACAAAAAGUAGUAUUUGCUUUCUGUUGCCAUGGAUAACAUUUUUAUGGGCACAGUGAUAUUCCUGGUUUUUGUAAAGUGUAUAAAAUAAUGGAUGGAGAAAUAAAUUCUUUUUGUUCCUGCCCAAUCUCUACAAUGUUAUCUAAACUAUCCCUCCUCUUCUUCCAUGCCAGAUAAGAAAACUUCAUGUUAGUGGUUUCUUUAGUUAGUAUCCCAGUCUUGAAUUUUUAAGAUUACAUGUGAAUUACUGGAUGUUGCAUUAGUUGUAAAAUACCAAUAUCAGCACAAUUCUGUGAUGUACUAGAGCUUUAAACAAUGAUUUUGUCUAUAGAUGCUAGUGUUGACAGGGCUGAGAGAAGUCACUCCCUUUCGUGACAGUACUAACCCCUGCAUCCAUCUGAAGUCCGACAGCAGUUGCAUGGGAGAAGAUGUUUUAGAGACACGUAAUAGAACAGAAGGCUUUAAGUGCUGCUUUGGCUUUAUAAUGAGAGAGGAUAAGCUGUAGUUCUUACACCUUUCUGCAGAAAAGAGUGAUUUUUGGAUUACGGGCUCCUGGUUAGAGCACUGAGCUGUUAUUAAAAAUGAAUCCUCCUGAAGAAACCAGUUUACUUUGAAAGAGAAAAUAUACUUUGAUAAUGAAAAGGAUAUACAAAUUGUUUAGCUUUUUUAAAUAUAGAAUACAGAGUUAAGUAUGCAAGCCCUUCUUCCUUUUCUCCCCAUACACGCAUCACUUGGAGGUUUAAGUCAAUUACCACAAAGAGGUUGCACCUCAAGUAAAGGUGAUAUGCUUAAAGAGUUGGGAGUUCCAGUAACUCCAGCAAGAAUUCUUCCUCUGCAAAUUUAUAGUUUAUUGUAAUCAGGUAAUUAAUAAAUACCAGAAUUUUUUUUACUUUCUUUUCUCCUGGUGUAUCAGACAGAUCCACUCCUCUCCUUACUGGGAGAACAGAAUGUCUGAUCUGUACCCCAGAACAGCCUCCUUCUGCCACAACAGUGUUUCAGGAAACACUCCAGAUGCUUGUGGAGAAUCUCCCAUUUCUGUACACAAUUCAUGAUGCACAGGCAACAUUUGGAAGCCAGCUGGCUUACACGGAAGCAGCAGUCUGUACUAUCAUUGUAUAGAGUUACUGAACGUCAACACUGCAGCACCAGUGAUUGGGGGAGGACUUGGAAUAAGUUACAUUAUGGAAAAAAUAAAAGUACUAUGAUUGUAAAUAAAAA